CGCCUCCUGCAGACCGACCUGUGACCCGGAGCAUGCUGCUGCUAACGCCGGGACUGCUCACACGGUCACGCGCCUGCGUUAACGGCGUGCUCGGACGGUUACCGACGUCUGUGUCCCGGAGAAACAUGUCGUCCGCGGCUCGGAGGCCCGUGUCCCUGCUGGGGACCAUGUCGUUCGGAGGCCGAGCCGACGCCGAGCUGAGCCUGCAGAUGGUGACGGCGUUCCUGGCCAGAGGACACCGCCGGCUGGACACCGCCUUCAUGUACGCGGACGGGAAGGCGGAGGCCGUCAUGGGGGGCAUGCAGCUGCCCGACACAGUCAGCAUCGCCACCAAAGCCAACCCCUGGGACGGGAAGACCCUGAAGCCCGAGAGCGUGCGCUCCCAGCUGGACACCUCCCUGAAGAGGCUGCAGACGGACUCCGUGGACCUGUUCUACCUUCACGCCCCCGACCAUGAAAACCCCGUCCUGGACACGCUCAGGACCUGCAACGAGCUCCACAAAGAGGGGAAGUUCAAGGAGUUCGGUUUGUCCAACUACGCAUCCUGGGAGGUGGCUGAGAUUGUUUGCAUCUGCAGACAGAACAACUGGAUCGUUCCCACUGUGUACCAGGGAAUGUACAACGCCACCACCAGGCAGGUGGAGAAGGAGCUGCUGCCAUGUCUGAGAUACUUUGGAAUGAAGUUCUAUGCAUACAAUCCUCUAGCAGGUGGCCUCCUGACCGGGAAGUAUCACUACGAAGACAAAGACGGUUCCCAGCCUGCAGGACGGUUCUUCGGUAACAACUGGGCCGGAGCGUACAGGGACAGAUACUGGAAGCAAAGCCAUUUUGAGGCCAUAGAGGUGGUUCUGAAGGCCUUGGAGACGGCGUACGGCUCAGAGAAACCCUCCCUGACUUCUGCUGCUAUGCGCUGGAUGUACCACCACUCGCAGCUUCAGGGUGAUCGGGGAGACGGAGUCAUCAUCGGCAUGUCCAGCAUGGAGCAGCUUGAGCAGAACCUGGCGGCUGCAGAAGAGGGUCCUCUGGACCAGAGAGUGGUCGAUGCGUUCGGUGAAGCCUGGAACCUGGUGGCCCACGAGUGUCCAAACUACUUCAGAUGAGGACCUUCUCUUCAGCGCCAACAGCUCAGCCACACACUCACAUUACAGAAGACAGACCUGCUGAAGCCACGUCUGGCUUUUCUAGAAACCACAUUUAAAUAAUAAGGUUCCUGUAAACGGGUUGACUGGAGGCGUUUAUCAUGUCCAUGUGUAAGAGCACUUCAUUCAUGUACAGAUGUAAACAUGUCGCAUAUUUUCUGGGGAACAAAAAAAUGCCUUAAAUUUUCUCACUUUAA